AUGAUUUUAAUUGGAAUUUUAAAGCAACAACAAAAUAAUAUUUGGCGUUUAUGUUCGUCAUCAUUAUUAAGAUCAACAAAUGUUUUAUCAUCGUCAAAUUUAAAUCGAUUUUUAAAUUCUAAUCAUCAACGUAAUCAAAAUGAAAAAUCAUUACUUUCAGUUCGUUUACCUGUUAUUAUUAAUCAAUCAUAUCGUACAAGAAAAUUAAAAUUUAGCUUUGGUUAUACAAAUUAUGGACAUCGAAGACAUAUUAGACCACCAGGACAUCAUGUUGUACAUUAUAUGCAAUUCUUUUUAUUUAUUAUUGGAGCAUAUGCGGUUUUCUAUUUAACAAAUGUUACAGAAUUUGAAGAUCGUUGGACACAACCGGUUAAUACAAAUCAAGUGGCUGAAAUGAACACUUAUAUUAAUCCAACAGAAACUCAACGACGUUUGGAUAUAUUUUCAAAUGUCAAAGCAGCAACUGUUUUACCAGUAGUUGAAACAAAUCAUAUCGGUUCGAAUGAUGAAAAAAGCAAAAGAGAUUUAUCUGAGGAAACUUCUAAAACUACAAAAAAAGAAAAAAAAGAAGCAAAAACAAAAAUAUCAUUUCGUGAUAAGAAAAAAAUUGCUUAUGAAAAUCGUAUACGAGCUUAUUCAACACCAGAUAAAAUAUUUCGAUAUUUUGCUACAGCAAAAAUCCAUAGUGAUGAGAAUCCUGAUGGUAUUAUUUAUAUGACACCAGAUGAUUUUCUUCGAUCGAUUACACCUGGUUUGAAACAACCCGAUGGUUUAGAACUAGAUAAAUUUCAUCGUUAUAAUUUACGUGUUAAUUCUGAGGAAAAACUGGAACAUUUAAAUGCAUAUAUAUAUUAUUCAGAUUUAAAUUCUGAUCAAAUAUCAAUAUUUGAACGUAUUGGUGGUAAACAAUGUUUGCUUACAUUUAGUGACUAUAUAUUUCUUGUUACAUUAUUAUCAACACCAAAACGUUAUUUUCAAAUAGCAUUUCAAAUGUUUGAUUUAGAUGGAAAUGGAAAUUUUGAUUUUGAUGAAUUUACUAAAUUAAAAGGUUUAAUACGUGAACAAACAACUAUUGGACAAAGACACCGAGAUCAUUCGACAACAGGAAAUAUUUUACGAGAAACAUCAAUUCUUAAUCAAUAUUUUUUUGGAGAAAAUCUUGAUCAAUUAUUAACUAUUGAUAAAUUCUUACAAUUUUAUGAUCAAUUACAAUAUGAAAUUUUGCAAUUAGAAUUUCAUCGUGCAACUAAAUGUCCUAAUGAUAAAACACGUAUGACAGAAUUAGAUUUUGCAACGUCAUUACUUGCAUAUUCAGGUUUAUCGGAUAAGCAUGUUAAGAAAAUGUUAAAACGUGUUAAAAAAUGUUAUCCAAUUGAUGAUGAAACAAUAUCAAUUGGAAUAUCAUUUAAAGAAUAUGAAACUUUUUAUAAUUUUCUUCGUAAUAUUCAUGAUAUUGAUAUAGCAUUAACAUUUUAUCAUAUAGCUGGUGGUGCAAUUGAUAAACAAAUAUUUCGUCAUGUUGCUAAAACAGUUAAUCAUAUUGAACUUGAUUCACAUUUAAUUGAUGUUGUAUUUACAAUAUUUGAUGAAAAUGAAGAUCAAUUAUUAUCUUAUGUUGAAUUUAUACAAUUAAUGAAAAAUCGUUUAGAACGUGGACUUCAACGACCAAAAGAUACAGCAUUUAUGAAAUUAUUUUCAACAAUGAUUACAUGUGCAAAAGAAACAUAUUUAUAA